UUGAACACUUUGAUGUGUGUGAAUAUUCCUCUUUUUCAUUUCUUGCGCAGUAAUUUGAUCACUUCGAUGAUAAAAUAGUACAUUAACAAAUAUUUGAAAAAUGUUUUUACCAUGGUUCAGGGAAAAAAGGUUGCGUUAACGCGGAAGUCCCUCGGAAGUGAAAUGCUUGACUUGGACUUCAACUUCCAGAAUGCAGUUCGUGUAACAACGACACAGUAGAAAGCGGGACGAAAACUUGUUAUGGAGCAGUUGUAGGACAGGAAAUCCUCGGUCUUGUCAUUUCGGUUAUAGGUUGUCAUGAAUCCUAAGACUCUUACAAUGGAGAAUACUUCUGAAAAUCAAGGAACUACGCGGUAAAAAAAAAAUCCCGUUAACAUUGUUGUCAUCACAUGGUUAAAUUUGUAGGCGCGUUAACCGCCGCCUAGCUUAAAAUCACUUCCUGGAACGGCGGCUUGCUAGUAUUUACUAUUAUUCGGCUACUGUAAAACGUGUAUAUCUUUUUCUGUGUACGUAUUCAAGACUCUUGCUGGUAGUACACAUGCAGGAAGUGGUCGUAGGUCAGUAGAAUGAUGUGAACAGACACCCAUUCGUGAGCGAUCUACGCAGAGUUCUCCUCGUUUGACUUUUUAGAGUACUUGAGGAUUAUUUCUCAAGGCAGCACAGAGUGAUGGAUCCUGCUCUCCAGCAACACUCGCUUUCACAUUUCGCGUCUUUUCCCCAAGAGACUCCAAUCAAACCAUCUCAAGUCCCAAACUUGCUUUCUCAUCCGGCACCUAGGAGAGUUUUGCCUCUCCAGAGUCCGGAGGAAUGCAACAUGAACAAGUUGAGCCCAAACUGGCAUCCAGCAGAAAUGAAAUACCCGGCAGCUCUCAUUUCAAGUAGUUCCACGAACAUCGUUUCCCCUGUGAACUCUUUGUUAAAAGACAGACUUGGUCCUCUGAAACCAUUUCCUCUAUCUCAUGGCCAUGUUCUGAGCAGCCCGGUUAAUGGUGCCACUUCAGCAAGGGAAAAUCUGGGUCCUCAGCACAUGAUACGGUUGGACUCAGGAUAUUUCACCUCACCUCUAGUUGUUUCAGCCAGCCAAACUAAGACUCACAUCUCAGCUGAGAGAACCUUUAUUCCCACUAUAUUUAAUUCUCCAUCCCCUCAGUUUGGGAAGAAUAUAAGCAGCCCCCUCCCUUCCUGCCUCUCCAGACGGGAUCAAGGAACUGAAUCCAAGAUCCCGUUUUCUAACUCUGGAAAAAACAAGGAUGUGUCACAAAGGGAAGACCCACGUAAGGCUCUGCUCAGCAAACUAAGAGAUUUCCUACACAAUGUUCAUCUGUACAAAUCUUGUAGCCACCAACAUGAGCAGACGUGUUCAAGAGAGAGCAUUAUUCCAGUGAUGGAUCUGAAUAGCACGUCCCAAAAGAGACGCAGGGAGGGGGAGCCUUGCUUUAAGAACACCAAGAAACCUUGUCACAAAGGAAUAAACCAUGGAACAGCAGAGACAAACGGACUUACUCCUGGCACCUCACCAAGAUCUUCACUGGACCAUCAGCCAUUACCAAAAAGCUCCUCUGUCUUUGAGUCGUCGCAUGAAACAACAAACAGACUUCUGACGUCUGAGCCGGCAUGCUCAGCGUUGUCAUCCGCACCAAAACCCUCGCGGUUAGACUUACUUUGUCCAAAGAAAAUGCAAUCUACAGGGGCAAAGAAAGGCUUUAUUACCACUGAGAAUAAUAUAGUGAAGUUAAGAUUAACUUCAACUCUGAGUGAAGGGAGUCCAAAGAAUCAAAAUGAGGAAAACCAAAAAAAGAACAAAUCAAGUUCUUCUAAAGUUCAUCAUAAGGAGUGCAGCAAACCUCCACAUGUUGGUUUGGUUUGUAGUAACUCCAACUCUGGCUGUAGUGUACCAGUUAACACAGAAAGCAAAAAAUUAGAGGGCAUUUCUCCAAAACCAGCAUCUAAGCCUAGUUUAAGUUCUUUGAGUUGUAGCACACCAGAACGCAGUAAAGCUAGUCGUGUACGAAAACCAACAGUUGUCCUUGAUGACAUAGAUCAGCUCUUCACCCCCGACCCCAACGUUUAUGUUGUCAGGCCUGCAUGUAAGGCUCCAAAGUGUAGGAUGGAAGAGCAAACGAUAAAGUCACCCACUUCAAAGAAAGGUUCCAGCUGCAGUCCAACAGUUACGCCCAUAUCUCCUCCUGCCACACAACCUCUACAUGCAGCCGCCUCACCAGCCUCUAACAUGACUGUCUUUUUGCCAACUGUGACUUUGGAGCGACUAAAACUGGAAGAAUCUCAACGUUGUCCUAAAGAUGGAGGCAUCAGACACGGUCCUGUCAAAGAAUCUCAACUUUGUCCUAAAGAUGGAGGCAUCAGACACGGUCCUGUCAAUUCUUCAAGAAGUCAAUCUAAGGAUGAGAGUUUUAAACCUCAGCACAACUUCUCGUUGAAACCUAAAACCAGUGAGGGUUUGCGUUGCUCGGAGACGGACACAGCAGCCUCUGUGCAAGAGACUUUCCCUCCAUGCAUAAAGCCCCCACCAGUAGAGGAGGAGGACAGUGAUGGGAGUAAAGGGGGGAAAGAAGAAGACUCUAUUGACGUUGAACUAGAUCUUGGCCUGAGCAUUUCAUAUGAUAUAGAUCCAAGCCAGAGCUCCGACAGCAGCGAGGAGGAGCCGCUAAUCUCCUUCCAGGAGAUGAUGGAGUGCGUUGCGAAGCCUCCAGACACGCCGCAGAAAGAAGCCAUCUCGGAGCCGAGCAUGCCAGGAUGUCGUAGCUCUCAGUCAAAAACGCGCCUGCCGUCAUCCGCCACAAAGCCAGGAGUCUACAAGAACAACCUGGACCAGAUGCUGAAGGAGAUAAACAGCACCAAGAAAGCAAAGGAGAUUGAAGCACAACUUCUGUCUGCCUGCAACGAAGACCUCCUGAGGUUAGCGGAGUAUGAGGCGGCAGAGGAGAACCAAGAGGAGAUUGCCAAUGAACACCAGGAGUUUCUGCAGCACUUCUCAUUGAUGUCUGCUGCAAUCAGAGAAAUCCCACCAGGGGAGAUAGUUUUUAACCUGGAAAGGUUCGGCCAGAUCUUUCACCAGGAUUCACUGCAGCUCAGGCAGUGCAACGUCAGUCCUCAAGGGGCCUCUCAGAAGACACUUAUUUGGUCCAGUCCUGCUCAGUUGAGACUGCACUUGAUUGUUGGUCUGUUUGAGGAAGCUUACUGUAACUCACCUUGUCCAGCUCAGGUUACCCGCUUUCUUUUCAAGAUGAUGUCGGUCCAUAGUGAAAGGAUCAUAUCCAAUAAGAUCCUACAAGCCCUUUGUGACAUCGCCUGUUCUGCUGCUUAUCAGAUAGUGAACAAUGACAACCAGAAGUUUGAAGUUUGGGUUCCCAGUUUGGCCGAUGUGACACUGGUCUUUAUGAACAUGGGUGCUGCAUUUGUGACACUCUUCCCCUUUGAGAGUCUGCAGCCAUCAUUCACAGAGGGAGAUUUGCUAGAGGACGUCUAUAUCAAAAGUGAGUCUCCUUCUAACAACAAUGAAGAGAUCAGUUUCCCUGAACACAACUGCACAAACAUCUUAAAGUACCUGUCUUACUGCAUGGGCCUUUGCCCUCGCGCCUACAGCAGCGACGAGCUGCUGUUGCUUCUAACUGUGGUGGGAAGAAUCAGCCUCGACACACGGCGAAUCCUCCAGUCCAACGUAGCAGUGAGCUGUCUGCUGUAUACGAUAAUCAACAACAUCAGGGACUGGUCUUCUGUGCUGCCGAGAGUCUGUAAAGCCCUGACUGAUUUAACAGAUGAUCAUCACAACAUGUGCCUGCUGGUUCAACUCCUGCCUGACAGUAAAUGUGGAAUAGAACUCCGCCGCCAUCUAAGCAUGUGCUUCAUCUCUAAGUUGUUGGAUGGACAUUGCACCUAUGUCCCUGUGGAGACAGAACUUUCGCUUGCCGAGUUGAGGCCGUAUCUUCCUCAAAUGCAACCCUCCGCCCUUCUCCGAAGUAUCCAGCAGAAAGACAAAGAGGAGGAGAUGGCAACUCAAGACCAACAGGCCUACUACCUGUGUUAUAGCCUUCUGACUCUGACAAAUGAGGCGUCCAAUUUACAGGUCUUCAAAUCUCAGCAGAAGGCGCAGCUGCUUGUUUUGUCAUCAGAACUUGAAACACAUGUUAAAUGUGACAUCAGAGAGAGCGAAAAAUGUCUUUACCGCAGCAAGGUGAAGGAUCUGGUAGCCAGGAUCUACACAAAGUGGCAGAUGCUCCUCCAGAAAACUAGACCUCUCAAUGGCAAGCUGUACGAUUAUUGGCAGCCUGCGGAAACCUUCGGGAACACUGAAGAAGACAACGAAGAAGCAAUUUUCAUUGAAGACAAUGAAGAAACCAUAAUAAUUAAUGAGAAUGACACUUUAAUUGCCGACGAUAAAGAAGAAGAAACCGAAAAAACUGAGGUUAAAGAAGACAUGGAAGUAGUUGAACAUCCGGGAGACGAGAAAGACGAUAGAAAGGCGAGAGAAACGACAGCGACAGAGGAGCAAGUGACUGGUGACGUAAACCAAGCAAUGCCUGUGAGGCAGCCUCCAGCAGUGGAUGAGAAAAUUGAUCCCAGUCCUAAAGAAUGUACAGACACAGAGACUCAGACUGCUGGAAGGGAAAAAACGCCACUCCCUGAUGCUGUCAUGUGAAUCUCUGUCGUGCAUAUCUUUUUUUUUUUUUUUUUUUUUUCUGGUUUUUGAACCCUUUUGGCUUUAAGUAAAAAUUAUUUGCACUUUUA